AUGGCUAUCCACAACCCAGAAGCCCACAACAAUGCCUUCGUCCGUGUAAUGCGGAAGGCUUACCACCCGAUCGGCUUCAAGAAAGGCUACAAUGCCGUUCUUUGGUUCAUCUUCGCAGGCGCCCUCCUAGGCUUCUCCCUCUCGAAACUCCCAAUCAUGAACGUCAAUGGCGUCUUUAGCAAGCAGGCCGCCCCUGGAGAAUGGUUCUGGUAUAGCAAGAAGUUCUAUAACAUAUUCAUCCACAUUCACCUCAUCUGCAUCAUCCCUGGCAGCAUCUUCGCGGUCGUGCAAUUCAUCCCCAUCAUCCGCUACAAGCUGCUCCUCCUGCACCGCAUGAAUGGCUACCUGGUCUCUCUGCUGCUGGUGGCCGCAAACAUUGGCGCUCUCGGCAUUGCGCGUCACGCCUUUGGCGGCUCGAUCUCAACACAGACAGCUGUUGGCGUCCUCGCUAUCGGUACCACAACGAGCUUGUUCCUCGCAAUCUACAACAUCAAGCGGCUCCAGAUCGAUCAGCAUCGAGCCUGGAUGCUCCGCACCUGGUUCUGGGCGGGCAGCAUCAUCACGGUCCGCAUGAUUAUGAUCAUCAUCGCCACCGUAAUCAGUCAGACGAGCAACUACUUCACAUACUACACCGUCAUGCGAUGCGAGCAGAUCUCCUUCACAGCCGGCGAGCACAUUGCCAGCACUUACCAGUCGUGCAAGGCCAACCCUACCGGACUGGCUAUUGUUCGCGCCAAUCUCUCUGACCCUGCAAACGCGCUAGAGGCAGCCGCAGCGCUUCAGCUCGGCUUCGACACCGCGAUGUGGCUGGCAAUCGUCUUACAUGUUGUCGGCAUUGAGCUGUACCUACGUCUGACCCCAGCCGAGACUGAGCGUCUACGAAAGGUUUCAUACGAGCGCCAGCUCGAGCGUGGAAUGAGGCAAUCCGGUAGCGCUGGGCUUGUGGCAGAGAGGCUUGGUGAUGCAGAGGAGUACAAGCCU